CAAUUCCCAAUUCCCAAUUCCCAAUUCCCAAUUCCCAAUUCCCAAUUCCCAAUUCUCAACUGCCAAUUCCCAAUCCAAUUCACACGAACCGACUCCCUCCCUAUGACCUUUGUCGCCUCACAAUUGCCGCGGCUAACAAUGCGUGCGAUCCCCAGGUGCCGGCGAGAGCGGCAAGUCCACCGUGCUGAAGCAAAUGCGCCUCAUCUACUCCCAAGGCUUCUCCAAGAGCGAAAAGGAGGAAUGGCGCGCCAUCAUAUUCAACAACAUCCUCACCGCCUUCCGCGUCAUCCUCGACGCCAUGGAGGAUUUCGAGAUCCCGUUCGAAGGCCAAUUCAAUAGCAAAUGUAUCACACUCAUCCUCGUCGACCAUGAUUUGGGACCGAAGGACCCGUUACCGACGGAAUAUAAGACGCUGUUUAAAGGGUUGUGGUCGGAUGCAGGGGUGCAGAAGGCGAUUGAGAAGGGGAACGAAUAUGCUUUACACGAUAACCUGAACUACUUCUUCGAAGACGUAGACCGCCUAUUUGCGCGCGACUACAUACCUACAGAUCAGGAUGUGCUGCGCUCGCGCCUGCGCACGACAGGUAUCACUGAGACGGUCUUUGAUCUGGGGAACCUAACUUACCGCAUGUUUGACGUCGGAGGACAGCGCUCUGAGCGCAAGAAGUGGAUUCAUUGUUUUGAGAAUGUUAACUGUCUGCUCUUCCUUGUUGCCAUUAGCGGUUACGAUCAGUGUCUUGUUGAAGACAAGCAUGGCAACCAAAUGCAAGAAGCUCUCAUGCUAUGGGAAUCGAUCGUCAACUCGCAAUGGUUCACGCGCUCGGCGCUGAUCCUCUUCCUCAACAAGAUGGAUCUCUUCAAGUCCAAGAUCAAGGACAACCCAAUCACCAAGCACGGCUUCCCCGACUUUGUCGGCGACGCCAGCGACUCGAAAGCCACCUCCAAGUACUUCCUCGACAAGUUCAAGGCGCUCAACCGCAACCCUCAAAAGGAGGUCUACGGUCACUUCACCAACGCCACCGACACGAACCUGCUCAAGAUCACCAUGGAUUCCGUCCAGGAUAUGAUCAUCCAGCGCAACCUCAACCAGCUCGUGCUAGCUAGAUCAGAGGCGGAACCGUGCUGAACGAACAACCUUGAACGACCCUUUAAACGAAACAACCACUGUCCCGACACCGACACCGACACCGACACCGACACCGACAUUACGCAAGUCUGAAUUUUGUUUUUUAUUGCAUCCUCCCAUAGCCCGCGCGAAAUUCAUUUUUUUUUGUACACUACCACCGACACUUCCGACAGGCGCGGCACCGAAGCUGUUUUGAUUUUUAUUUCGAUCUCGGCUGGGGUUCGAAACUUCUUAUCACUUUUUUUAUUUUUAUAUUUCCUUGUGAAGGGCAUCUUCUCAUUCACUACUACCUUUCUUGUUGUUUUUUGUGUGUGGGUGGUUUAAAACUCUCUUGUUAGUUUUUCUUGAGCUUUUGAACUUUUAUUUUUGCGAAUGGGCCGGGUUUACUUUAUUUUUGAGUGGACAGACAUACCCCAUGGAUGGUUCUUUCUUUUGGGAUGGGUUGUGGUGGGAAAAGUAACGUGGGCGGGAGGAGAAGGGGG